AUGGAUCGUUAUUUCAAGAAACUUUCUUCCGUUGUUUCUUCACUUCUUCAACCUCAAGAAUUAUCGAAUGAAGAUAAAAGUAAGGUUGAUUUAGAGAAUCUUCCAAGUGAUCCAGGAGAACGACCUGAUAUAAUGAGUUAUCCACCAAAUUUAAUAGAACAAGUUCGCAGAGCUUACUUACUUAAAGGUUCGUGUCAACCACGUAAUCAAGAUUUUCGUCCUACAGUAGAUGGAAAUCGAAAACGUAAAUUUGUCUCACAUUGGUUUGAUGAAUUUAAGGAUUGGUUGGAAUAUAGUGUUACAAAGGAAGCAGCUUUUUGUUUAUAUUGCUAUCUUUUUUCAAGACUCCACGGAAAUGGACAAGAUGCUUUUGUAUCAGGGGGAUUUACGGUCUGGCGCAAGAAAGAAAGAUUAAGAGAUCAUGUUGGAAACCAUAAAAGUGCUCAUAACAGGUGCAGAUUAGCAUGUGAGGAUUUGAUGAAUCAAGCCCAACACAUUGAGGUCUCUUUGGCAAAACAGUCAACACAGUCUAAGCUUGACUACCGCCUGCGAUUAAAUGCAACGAUUAUUUCUCUUCGUUAUCUUAUAAUGCAAGGAUUGCCUUUCCGCGGUCAUGAUGAGUCAGAAGAAUCAUUAAAUCAAGGUAAUUUUCUUGAGUUCUUGAAAGUUAUUUCUUCUUGCAAUGAAGAGAUAGCUAGUGUUGUGCUAAAAAAUGCUCCAGACAAUCUCAAACUUACAUCACCAGAUAUUCAGAGAGAUAUUAUAAAUGCAUUUACUGUUGAGACAACGAAAGCUAUUGUACAUGCUAUGAGAAGUGAAUUUUUCUCCAUAUUAGUUGAUGAGUGUCGAGAUGUAUCUGUCAAAGAGCAAAUGGGUGUUGUGGUGCGAUAUGUGGACAAGAAUGAAUGUGUUAUAGAACGUUUCUUAGUGUUGUUCAUGUUAGUGAUACAACUGCAACCUCACUUGAGAAAGCACUUGAUUAUUUAUUAUCUACUUAUGAUUUAA